UCUUGCUUGCGUGUAGGUGAGCGUUGACCGCUCUAACUCUUUCGUAACUAUCUUUUAUCGUGGUUUUUUUUCAAUUCGGUGUGUUGGGCUAGGUUAAAACCUUUUAACAGCACAAUGCAUUAUUUUGCAAUGACUUGAUGUAUUUAAGGUUUCUUAAAAUAUUUAUACAACAAAGGAUACAACAAUUUUUCGGUUUCAAAAAUCACCCGCCAAAUCCACCACGUGAAAAUAUGGACGAUCUUGCGAUCCAGUUGAACCAUAGAAAAGAACCUGCAGUGAUCAUACUCAAUGACGACAACAUGUUGUUAGAUGACAAAAUGUUGUGUUCAUCAUCACCAAAACUGUAUCCAUUUGCCAUAGUUCUCAGACUUCGUGUACUGCAGAUAGUCUGUGGUAUUACAGGAUUAGUUAUGGGCAUGGUCGCCACCAUUGAAGAAAAAGGAAAAAUGAAUUUAGGUUUAGCGAUUCCAGCUGGAAUACUAACAGUUAUAGCUGCAGCUGGAAGCAUAUACAUGAGUCACGGUUUCGGUGGUUAUAGACCGCAGCAAUGCGAUCCGCGACUGCAACCGUUCCGAUUUCUGGGGCCCACCGUCCGGUCAGCGGUGGCGCUCACAUCGCUGUGGCUGGUCGCCUGUCUCCUGCACGCCUGUCUGCUGUAUGUCUCGGCCCGGUCGCUGUUCCGAAACGGGCAGAUCGCCGUGCUGGCCGCCAUACUCAUCUCGUUAACGUUGCUCACGCUGCUCGCCACCGCCGUUCUGGUGCAUAUCGACUGCAAGUACGACCCCGAUUGACCCGGGCCUGAGGCCCACGCGCCUAUGGCUUCAGUCAGCGUGAUCGGGCCUAGCCAUCUAUCGACGGACAGAGCCACCAAAGUGGCGUGGGUCAUAUAAUAUAUUGAAUUACGCCUGUGAUCACUUUGUUGGACAAAUAUUGAACGAGGGUCCCAAAGUUCUAACUAUGGAUCGAAAAUUGAACGCAGAUGACACUUUUAGAAAAAGUUUUUGUGAAAUAUAAAGAUUAUAUUUCAGAAAUUUUUGGAAAAUUUUUUAA